AUGUCGACUCAAUGUACAGUCUCUAAAGGAGAGUGUAACAAAAUAUCCUUAACGGUGGUGAAAACCUCAGACGUCUUCAGUCUGCCUGAGGAUAAAGUGAGACACGAAAUGAAAAAGUGUGUUGCUCUUUGCCCCCCUGGACCAAAUGUUCUGCUGCUGUUAGUGAAGCCUUCUGAUUUCAGUGAAGAGGAUAGACAAAAAUUAAAGUUCAUUCUGAGCUUCUUUGGUCAAGAUGCCUUUAAAUACUCGAUGGUCAUCUUUACACAUAGCGAGGAAGGAAAGUAUUCUGCAGUAGAUAAACUCACACGAGACUGCAGACAAAGGCAGCACAGAGUUAACUUCGACAGAAAAGAUCCAUCAGAAUCUGAUCUUAAAGAACUCAUUGGAAAGAUGGAGAAAAUAGUGUGGGACAACAGGGGAGGACAUCUAAACUGUACUGGAGGGGAUGAUCCCAUGACAGUAUCUGUAACUUCAAGACCUCCUCUCAACUUAGUGUUGUGUGGGAGAAUUGGAACCUGGAAGACUUUGGCAGCCAAUGCCAUUCUGGGAGAAAGAAAGUUUGGUCCACCUGCUGACUCAGAGUGUGUCAGAAAUCAGGCAGAGGUGUGUGGAUGUCGGGUUUCUGUGGUGGAGCUGCCUGCUUUGUAUGGAAAACCUCAGGAGACAGUCAAGAGGGAUACAUUUAGGUGUUUCUCCCUCUUUGAUCCUGAGGGCAUCCAUGCCUUCAUCCUGGUCCUACCUGUGGGUCUCCUCACUGAUGGAGACAAGAAAGAGUUAGAGACCAUCCAAAACACAUUCAGCUCUCGAGUGAAUGACUUCACCAUGAUUCUGUUCACUGUGGAGGCAGAUUCUGCAGAUCCAGCUGUUGUUAGCUUUCUAAAAGAAAACAAGGACAUCCAGGAGCUUUGUCAGAGCUGUGGAGGACGCUACAUUGUCAUCAACAUCAAGGACAAGCAGCAGGUCUCUACGGUGUUGCAUAUUGUGAAAAAGAUGACAGAUGCGGGAUCCAGAUGCUUCACAAAACAAAUGAUAGUCAAGCCUCGACAGAAAAUGGCUAGUUGUAAGGCUAAACUGGAGAUGGCAGGACAUGAUCAGAAUCAGAGUAGAGAGCAUAUCAGGAUAGCGCUGAUUGGGAAGACUGGUUGUGGAAAAAGUGCCACUGCAAACACCAUUCUGGGCAAAGAAUGCUUCAAAUCUAAAGCCUGCAUGAAGUCAGUGACCACGCAAUGCCAAAAAGAAGUGGGAGAGAUUGAUGGAAGGCCUGUCACUGUGGUCGACACCCCCGGCUUGUACGACACGACACUGUCCAACGAUGAAGUUCUACGGGAACUUGUGAAAUGCAUCAGCCUGUUGGCUCCAGGACCUCAUGUAUUUUUACUGGUGGUGCAGAUCGGACGCUUUACACAAGAGGAAAAAGAAACUGUGGAACUGAUCAAGCGGACUUUUGGCAAGAAGUCAGGAGACUUCAUCAUUGUUAUAUUCACCAGAGGAGAUGAUCUUCAGAAUCAAACAAUGGAGAGUUACAUGGAAGAAGAAAGUGACGGCUUUGUCAAAAAACUGAUUGCUGACUGUGGAGGAAGAUACCUGGUCUUCAAUAACAGAGAUCAAACAAAUAAAACACAAGCCAGACAGCUGUUGAACUAUGUAGAAACAAUGGGGAAGAAAAAUGGAGGUAGCUACUACUCCACAGCGAUGUUCCAAGAAGCUGAGGCAGCAAUACAAAAGGAAGUGAAGAGGAUCCUGAAAGAGAAAGAAAAAGAGAUGCAGAGAGAGAAGGAGGAGCUAGAAAGAAAACACGAUGAAGAAAUUCAAGCAAAGAAGAAAAAGACUGAAGAAGAAAGAGCAGAGAGAGACAAAAAACUGAAGGAAAAAGAAGAGUACAUCAACAAAGAACAGGAGAAAAGGAGGAGAGAAGAGGAAAAGAGGAAAGAAGACAACAGAAAUUCAAAAAUGCAAGAAGAACAACUGCGACAGCAGUGGGAACAGCAACUCCAAGCUCUGGAGAAAAAAAUUAAAUCUGAAUCAGAAAAAAACGUAACUGCUGACAGAAAGUUGAUGCAAAACAGAGAAGACAUAAGACGAGAACGAGAGGCUUGGGAGAAAGAACGAAAAGAAUGGUGGGAGACACGAUAUCGAGAAGAUCAACAGAGACAAGAGGAAGAACAAGCACGACUGAAAAGGCUCAGAGAAGAAUAUGAGCAGGAAAGAAAGGAAUAUGAAAACAAAAGAAAAGAAGAUAGACUCAGAAGAGAAGUAGAGGAAAGAGAAUGGAAAGUGGCACAACAAAACUAUGAGAAAAGAGUGGAGGAAAUGAAGAGAAAAAAUGCAGAGGAGGCCAGAAGGCAAGCUGAAGAAUUCAAUGAGUUCAGAAACAAAUAUACGACAGACUUUGCAGCUCUGAUGGAAAAGCAUGAAAAGGAAAUGGAGGACAUGAAGCAAAAGCAACAAAAAAACAAUGACCUCAUUAUGAAAAACCUGCUCAUGAACAAAGCGUAUGAGAAAGACUUCAACAGACUGAAGAAGAAACAAGAACAAGAAAUGAAUGAGCUUCAACAGAAUCUGUAUGAAGAAAACGCAGAAAGUCUGGAAGAAGAAAUCAGUGAACUACAACAAAAACAUGAAGAAGAAGUCAAUGCCUGGGUACAAGAAAAUGCAGAGAAAGCCACAACAGAUAAGACUUGCAGUAUUUUAUGA